CCUGUAAGCUUUGUGUAAAUUACAUGACAAAUAUAUUUAUCUGAGCUGGCCUAACGGACAUAUUUAUACCAUUUAGGUAAUUUACAAUAAAGUGUUUUUAGCAAGAAUGACAAGAAAAGUGAAUCAAUCUACUGAUACUCUUGAUACUUCCGAUUAUGAAGAUGGAUCAGUUGAAAAGAGCGUUAAAAUAUUUGCCAAGAGAAUGCUAAAAACCACCCUGUUUGUGGGGACCUUUCAGGAAAAACGUUUUGUAGAAUCUUUAAAUGCCUAUAGGGAUGUUAUAAAGAUUAACGAUGAGGAAGAAAGGUUUAUAGAAAAUUUAAGGUCUGUAAAAAUUAAGGUUCAAACUUCAUUAACCAAAAAAUGGGUGGGCAUAACUAGUCCAACCACAGCAGGAGCCCCUGUAGGGCAUUGUCUCUGGGUUGAUCUUGGCAAGAAUAUUCUAGGAAAAUAUUGGUUUAAAGUAAAAACCGUUGAGCUUACUGAUAAUGAGUUCAGAUUAAAAUUGGAGAUUGUAAGACCUUACAAAGCUGAAUCUUUGUUUGGAGAUAGUUCUAUGGAAAUGGACAAUAUUGUUAAUUUUGAUUUUCAAAAAUAUUUAACUAGUAUCUGUGAUAACUUGAAACUUAACACAAAGUAUUUUCUUAUCCACAUUUUAACAUUACAAAAUAUUAAGGAGACAACAGUAUUUUUAAGUUUGUUAUUGGCAACUAUGGUCACUGCUUUAGUUCAAACAAUUAAAUAUUUAAUGGAAUAUUUUUUAAAACUAAUAAAGACCAUUUCUGAAUUUAUUAAGUCUGUCACUCCUAUUAUGAUAACAACAAUCAAGGUUUUGGGUGGAAUUGCAACCAGCAUAAUCAACUCUAUUACAGUUAUGUUCCAAGGAAAACCAAAUCUUGAUCGUAGAAACACAUAUCAACCUGCAUAUCCACAAAUUAAAGGCAGCUAUUACCAACAACGUGCUUUACCAUAUAAAUCAUCAGUGGUUAUAACGGAAAUAGAAGAAUGAUAUUGGGGGUUAAGUUAUUUUUACAAUGUUUUAAAAUUUAACAUUAUUUUUUUUAUUAACUUAAAUUAUU